AUGGCAGAUCCGUUGGGAGAAGCAACGUGCAGAUCUGUGGAGCGCAUCUUCGACGCCGUCCCCUUUAACAAGAGUGAUAGGAAAAGGCUCCAAUUCGAGGACAAGAAGCUAAACCACUUCUUCGAAAAUGGGAUACUGAAUUAUAGCCUCGUGGAGGUGGUGGGCCCGUCGGGAAGCGGAAAAACGCAGUUCGCCCUCACCCUCUGUGCAGAUAUCCUUUUAAAAAUUAUUCAACAGGAAAGACAGGCCAUAGUUUUAUAUGUGUACUUUAAUCGAAUGUUCCCAAUAGGGCGAUUGGAAGAAAUAAUUCGGGGCAAGUUGGAGUUGAGGCAGAGACGUAUCCAGGGGGAUACAGAAGACAAUGUUAGUAGUUUCAAGGGGGCGCAUGGAAGGGAUGAAGCGUAUUAUUGCUUCCAGGGGGGGAAUGAAAAGAGAACGGAGCAGAUAGAGGGGUCUGGGCAAGUGGGAAACCAUGACCAGACACACCGCGAUGAGGCAGGCCGGACAGACACGAACCACGCGCAGAACUGUCCAGUCCGAAAGGCCCUGGAAAAUUUGUACAUACAAAAAAUAAACGAAGAAAAGGAAUUCUUCCAGUUAAUAAAAAAAGACAUACAGUACAUUUUGAAACAUCACCAGAUUUCCCUCCUUGUGAUAGAUUCACUAAAUUCUCUCUUUAAUGGAAAUGAUAAACUAGAAGUAUACAAGAAGUGCCAGAUUUUUACUUCCAUCUCUCAAUCUCUAAAACAACUGGCAUACGAGAAUAACUUUUUUCUAUUAGUACUUAACAGUUGGCACCCACGGAAGGACUACAUCCAUUUUUCCUUCAACCUUUUUGAUUACGUUAUUAACUCCUCCUUUUCUAACACCAUCAUAUAUUUCAAGAAGAGGAAGAGAAAGAAUAAAAUUGACCGCAGGAUGAUCAUAAAAUUUUCGGAAUUUUUGCGCAAGUAUAAAUCGAUGCGCUUUGAAAUUAACGACUCGGGGUUCAGCCUGCCCUAA